UGGCCGAGUCACCGAGGACGGGAAUCGGGAAAAGACCGUCUGCGUCUUUCCUUUUGGAGUUCCUCUUCCUCCUCUUUCCGCGAAACGAUCGAAUCGUGCGAGUGAGCUCGAUCGGACCCUAAUCCUUGGGAGCUUCUCAAACCCUCGGCCAUGGAUGCCAAGGACAUCCUCGGACUCCCCAAGAACCCGUUCCCGGCGACCCAGGAGAAGAAACCCCGGCCUCAGAAGGAAACUCAGAGGAAGCCCGAUGGCGUUCACCGGGAGGUUUACGCGCUUACAGGAGGAAUGGCGCCGUUGAUGCCCACGAUCGAGGUUUCUCACCUGAAGAAACGACAGAAUACGGAGAAAGAGAAGAUCUCAUGGCAAUGGCUUCCUUUUACAUCUUCAGCUCGAACAGAUAACUUACAACUUUAUCAUUGGGUAAGGGUUGUUAAUGGCGUUCCACCAACUGGUGAUUACUCAUUCGCUAAGUACAACAAGUCUGUGGAUGUUGUCAAGUAUACAGAUGAGGAAUAUAAGAAGCAUUUGACUGAUCCUAUGUGGAGCAGGGAAGAAACAGAUCAGCUAUUUGAUUUGUGUGAACGGUUUGAUCUCCGCUUCAUCAUAAUAGCUGAUAGGUUUCCCUACCCCAGGACCGUGGAGGAACUCAAGAGUCGCUACUAUGCUGUGACCCGAGCACUAUUACUUGCUAGAGCACCAUCUACUGGUGAUGUUUCUGGAAAUCCAAUUGUUAAGGAACCUUACAAUAUGACACAUGAGGUUGAGAGGAAACGUGCAUUAUCUGUUGUACUUUCUCAAACAAAACAGCAGGAACAAAGAGAUGCAGAGAUCCUUGCUGAAGCUAAACAAAUAAUGGAGUCACGCAUGGCUAGCAAAAGCGCAGAAGAUGUCGAAUUGCCAGUUAACCAAAUUGGUAAUGAGGGUAGCGAGGCUACUGCUCAUGCUGAAUCCAUAUCAUUGUUGAACACCAAUCAUCAGUCCUCUUCGACAGCUGCACCUCCAACAGCCGAGUGUACCUCAACUCCUGCUUCACUUCGAAUGCUUCGUGUAUAUUUGAGAACACAUGCACUUGAGCAAAUGGUGCAAGCUGCAAACUCAUCUGCUGGUUUGAGGACUAUCAAAAGGGUUGAUCAGACUCUCCAGGAUCUUGGGGUUCAUCUGAAACCAAAGGUCCCAACUAAAUCAGUUUGUGCAGAACACCUUGAGUUGCGAAAAGAAAUACUUACACUUCUCAACCUGCAAAAACAGUUGCAAAAUAGAGAGGCUGAAGCUUCAGUGAACCGAGACAAUUCGUAUGCUGAAACACCAAGCACUCCUAAGCGUUCUUACCGGGGAGAUGUUGAACGGUCACUUCUCCCUGAUUCUGCUGGGUUUGGAGGUGACAGAGUGGGGAAACGUGACCACAAGCGGAAGGCUCCUGGAAGAUUCACUGAUGCACCACCCUCACCACCACAAUCUAAAAGGCCUAGGAAAUUGAAGUCUUCCGAUGGAUGAUGAUAUCCAGGGUGAUCCAAUCACAACUGUUGUCUUUCUACAGCACUCCUGUUAGUAGUUAGUUGUACAGACUGGGUUUUCCCAUGACAAAAUUGCUAAUUGUGUAAUUUGGCUAAUGUGAAGUUCCAAAUUGGAUUUUUCUUGGCUGGCACAGAGGCUAGUAAGAUCUAACAGAGGAAGAUCCAUGUUUCAAAGCUCCUGGUGGCAAAAGUCUUGGCGAAGCUUCUUGCCUAACCCGAGAGCUGAUAAUGUACCUAUUGCAGCCGAUGGUGUACCUUUGAUUGAUCGUGAAUCCUUUUUGGUUUGCAUUUGGUUC